AUGUGUGACAGAAAUAGUGGCAGGCGACUCCGGCAAUGGCUGAUCGAACAGAUUGACAGUAAUAUGUAUCCUGGGCUCAUCUGGGAAAAUGAGGAGAAAAGCAUGUUUCGGAUCCCUUGGAAACAUGCUGGCAAGCAAGAUUAUAAUCAGGAGGUUGAUGCUUCCAUUUUCAAGGCCUGGGCAGUUUUUAAAGGAAAGUUUAAAGAAGGGGACAAGGCUGAACCAGCCACUUGGAAGACGAGGUUACGCUGUGCGUUGAACAAGAGCCCAGAUUUUGAGGAGGUGACAGACCGAUCCCAACUGGACAUUUCUGAGCCAUACAAAGUUUACCGCAUUGUUCCUGAAGAAGAGCAAAAAUGCAAAAUGGGGAUGGCAAACAGCAGUGCCAUGAAUGAAGUCACCGACAUGAAUUGUAGCCGAUCUGAAAUAGAUGACCUGAUAAAAGAGCCUCCCUCAGUAGAUGAAUACCUUGGCAUGAUCAAAAGAAGUCCUUCUCCUCAGGAAGCUUGUAGGAGCCAACCAAUUCCAGACUGGUGGAUACAGCAAUCCAGCACAGCCAUACCUUUGAUGACUGGGUACCCAACUUAUGAAUCUCACCAUUCAGUUUACUCCCAGAUGUUAAUCAGCUUUUAUUAUGGAGGCAAAUUUGUGGGUCACAGCACCACCACUUACCCUGAAGGCUGCCGAAUUUCCCUGAGCCUACCUUCUCAGCACCUUGAAAAGAUGUAUGACCCUGAAGGCUUGGAGAACAUUCGGUUCCCAUCUGCAGAUCUGAUCCAAAAUGACCGUCAGAAGCAGGUCACCAAGAAACUAUUUGGCCACCUGGAGCGAGGAGUCCUGUUACACAGCAAUAAAAAUGGCAUCUUCAUUAAGAGGUUGUGCCAAGGGAGAGUCUUUUGCAGUGGGAACUCCAUGAUGUUUAAGGACAGACCCAAUAAAUUGGAACGGGAUGAAGUCGUCAAGAUUUUUGACACAAACCAGUUUUUCAGAGAGCUCCAACAGUUUUACAACAACCAAAGUCAACUUCCUGAAAGCAGAGUGAUCCUAUGCUUUGGUGAAGAGUUCCCAGACAUGACACCAUUGCGCUCCAAACUCAUCCUCGUCCAGGUGGAGCAGAUUUAUAUACAACAAUUCAGGGAUGAAGCUAGAAAAAACUGCCAGAACAGCCUCAUGAUCCAGCCUCCAGAGGAACCCCAUCCUGAUCAGGUCUUCAGAUUCCCAGAUAUCUGUGGACCCCAUCAAAGGCCUUUUUUUAGAGAAAAUCAGCAGAUCACUGUCUAGAGAAACUUUGUACCUUCCCCUCACCCCAUUUUCCACCAUUGUAGUGCUGUUCUAGUGAUUCUGAGGUGGAUCCUGCUGGGGAACCGUUCUGAUCUUUAUUAAAUAAGUCUUGAAAAGAUGAAGUUUAAAAGAAAAAUGGGGUCAUUCAUUGAUGUUUUUUU